ACAUUGAUUCACAGUCGCUGCAGCACCGCCGUUAAUGUCGGACGCGGGGUCUAUAUUUAAAUACGAAAGUUUUGUUUUUGGAAUUGGUUGAUUAAUUACUCAUUACAUAAGUUUGCACCACGAUGGCCACUUCGAAAUCGAAUGGGGUUGAUUCGACCGACUGGUCACGGAUUCCGCAGGAAUCAGGACCUCUCUGGAGGAGGAUCUUGAGGGCUAUUUACAACAGCGAGGAGAAAAGUUUCCUCGGGAGGACAGCGAAGCGGUGGGGUAUCGUGGUCACAUUCUACCUUGUGUUCUACGCUUGCUUGGCGGCGAUGUUUGCGCUUUGUUUGGGCGGACUAUUCCUCACCUUGGACGAUAAGAGGCCCACUUACAUUCUCCAGGAAUCGCUUAUUGGAACAAGCCCAGGGUUAGCAUACAGGCCGUAUCCCGCGGAAGCGGACUCCCCGCGCGCCAUCGACGAGUAUAAAUGGAAGUUUCUACGUGACAAUGUCACGGCCCAUGAGGACUUCCAACGCCGGCUCGCGACUUUCCUGGACCCACGCGGGCACGAGCAGCCGUCGUGCUCUCGUAACGACAGCUACGGUUUUCCUGACUCUCCGUGCUUCGUCAUCAAGCUCAAUAAGAUGUUAGGCUGGUCACCAGAAUACUACAGUGUAUCAGAAUUACCGGAAGAUAUGCCUGAGGAUCUGCGUCAACACAUCACCGGUUUGAAUUCUGUACAAAGUCAACAGAUUUGGGUGUCGUGCUUAGAUGAGGAGGGGGGCAACAAAACUGUCGUGGAAUACCCGUGGGGCCGCGGACUCGUCGGAUUCAUCACCGUUGUUAAGAUAAAGCCCACAGUGGACCAUCUAACCAAGGUGCGUUGUCGAGCGUGGGCAAAAAACAUCCGCUACAACGGCAGCUUGAAGGACAACCUGGCGGCUGGAUACACGCGUAUUCAAAUGCUAAUUGCAUCUAAACGUUGGGAGUAAAUGAGCAAUGGACACGUGCAGAAGCAGUUGAAGAAGCUGGACUUCUAUCCAAUCGAUUGUUUGUAUCUUAAUCUUUGACAUUUCAAAGUAUGAGGUGCAUACAUAAGCUAUGUAGUUGUAGAUACUCAGUGGAAGUAAUAAAAUAGGUACCAGAAGUAUCUUUUUAUUGAAAGCAAAAUAAAAAAAAUGUUUUGUACUUAUAUUGAAUUUGUAAUGUUUGGCAGCUUUCUUUUUAAAUUGCUUUAAAUAAUUUUAGUUUGUUUUUCCCUUUCCAAUAGCUUUACAGAUCUUUUUGCA